ACGACGUCACAGACCAAUUCAAGAUGGUCAGAUGGGAUAGUGAAUGGCUGAUACUGAGUACGAGUACAGUUCAGUACUGGGUACUCAGUAUUACUGGGCGGAACUGCGGCUCAAGUACGCAAAUACGAUCAGCUUCUGCACAACCACCAAAACUUCCUUCGUUUGCUUAUCAAUAAAUAUCGACAGCCUCAUUCCACAACUCAGCAGACACGUACUUCCUCAUUUGCCUAGCAAAGGCAUCAUUUCAAGCUGCCUCGAAGGUUUGCUACCUCGAGGAAUUGGUCAGCCUGAAUUCGCCAAAUAUCGUGCCCGUAACCGACCAAGUCACAAUUACAAGUCCCUUUUGGACUGACUACCUUAGGGCUACCAUCGGAGUCGCAAGUAUGACCUAGAGUAAAGACGCUCUACUACAAUAUUCGAUCCUACUUUUUACCGUCCUACUCAUAAUUGAUACAAUCGCGAUGAGUUCUGGUGUUUCACCCGCCGCUGAUAUCAUUAUCGUGGCCACGUUUUGUAAAAACCUCUACAGGAAGUGUCGCGAUGCGAGUGGAGUGAGUGCCAUCCUACAUUGGAAUUCUGUCUUAAUCCCUUGGGAUACACCUUGCUGACUUCAGCAUAGGAAUAUGGCGAGAUUUCGCGCGAGGUCAAGAAUCUGUUUACAGUCCUUCGACAUCUAAAAUACGAGGUCAACGCCCCCGAAUCUCCUCUCAACCGUGACCAGUCAUUAUGGGGUCGUCAGCUUGCACCCAUUGUAACAGAUUGUCAAUCCACAUUACAACAGCUCGACGACCUUUUGCAGAAAUAUGGCAGACUCCAUUCGGACUUCAACAAUCCCUCCUCACCAAGGAAGGUUAUGUGGGACAAGAUUCGGUUUGGGAGCAAUGAGAUGGACCAACUUGGUACAAUCAGAGUCAAAUUGAUCUCGCACAAGACGAAUUUGACUUUGUUCUUGGAUACUAUACAGUUACGUGAAUCUGGAAAAAUGGCAACUAUACUCGACGAUCAUGGCGCGCAACUUGACAUGAUUCUGGACAAGGUCGAUUUGAUUGCGUCGAGGAUGACUCGGAAGUCUGGUGGAAGUGUGAUGUCAACCUACUCGGAUGAUGAUAAAGAAGUAUGGAAGGAUUUCCGAAGGGAGCUGGUGGGAGAAGGAUUUUCCAGUUCUGUUUUACAGCAGCACAAGGUAUGGAAUAAUCCCUUUUCUACUCUUGGAUCUCCUCAAGCUUUACCCCGCAGAAGCAGAUUCCCUGUUGCAAUGGCAUAUGGAAACACCUUUUAGCCUUACUUUUCCAUACAGCGCGGCAUGAUUAUCGAGAAAUACAGUUUGCCGAAAUCUUUUCCAUGAAAGAAGACUAAUUUCACCUUGAAGGAAGUGCUUCGAGCCUACAUUCGUGAGAUCGAUCAAAAUGGUCUCUUAGAUGAAAUCCAUCCACCGUCACCAAAUACGGGCAUUAAUCCACAACAAUGGCUAAAAUCCGUGGAUGUACCAUUUUCUCCAAGCUCUAAUCGCACCCUGGACUCAACAAAGAAUUUGAGAAACGAUGAAAGUGCUAAGCAGAUGAUGAUUCAAGAUGAAAAUAUGAAAUUUCCAACUACAAUGAAGCUCGAGCGACCAAAACCGGAGAGUUUCGAUCAACGACUGUAAGUGAUAAAGAAAAGUAUAUCUGAGAUAAAUUCUGACCUACAAUAAGUGCACCAAUGCCCCAAGGAGAGCCGAUGAGAAUAAGUGAUGCUGGCUACCGACCGCGUUCUCCGAUUCCCAUCCUGAAAGUUCCAAACAAUAAAAUGGUGCGACACGUAGAUGAUUCUGAAGACGAUUCGGAGACCGAUAAAUUAUCUAAGAGUUCCAAGGUCCCUUCUCAAGGUUCAUUGAUCAGAACAGGUGACUUGGUUGAGAUGAAUCAAGCAUUGCAUGUUACCUCUGUGCUAUUGCCUAGUAGUUUUGAGAGCCAUAUGUCUCUUAGCGGCAAUAACUUGCAACGUUCUAUUGAAUACUCCUCGCGGGAAAAUUCUUCCUCUCAGUCGCUGCACAACGGUUCGCUAGUUAGGCGAGGUUCUAACACAAGUACCAGUAAUGGACAAACAGUGUUCCAACUAGCCCCCGAUUCCCAAGGAAAGCAAAUCCCAUCCGACGCUCUAUGGACCAAGAUAAGUCGCCGUCUUGUUUCGCCUGAGGUGCUGGAACAAGAUAGGAGACGUUACGAAGCGUAUGAUAAUCAUCUACCCCAUACUCUUUUGAUAGUGGCCAUACUAAUCUUUUGUAGCCGACCAGAGUUCGUGGCAAUCUUGGGCAUUCUUAGUCGAGAAGAAAUCCAGAGCUAUGCGGUUAGGUCUGAGGCAAUACGCGCGGCUCGUCGGCGCCCAAUUUUUCAAUACCCCCCGUCAACAGAAAAAAGUCAAAGGAGGAUGAGAGAGACACCAUCGUCUGAUGAAGAUGAUUCCUCCGACUCAGAUGUACCUCAGAACCGGCAACAGCGACGCAAUGAGCCUCGGAAAUACACGUCCUCUGUUGCUGGAAGCGAUACAACCCCUCGGUCAGGAUAUCCGAAUCCAUACGGAGUUCAUGCACCCCCUUCACCUUCUUCCUCGCCAAUUAUUUCGAAAUCACAACACAUGAGAAUACCUCGAUCGCCACAUCGCAACACUGAUCCUAGCGAUUCUUCCGCGUCAUCCUCGCCGGCGAGGGAAAAGCGCGACUCCAAUUAUCGUCAUUCUAGAAAGGAAGAAGAAAGAGACCGCCAUCAUUCCAGCAGUCGUAGUGGUCGGUCGAAGCGAGACCAUAGAACCAAUUCGUCUACAAGAAGCAGUGAUACUAACAGUCAGAGAAACAAGGACUCUGGGAGAAGACGGUGGAGAGAUAAUCUUGCUGCAGCGGGAAUUGGUGGCGCUGCUGCAAGUUUGUUGGGAGUUCUUUCUGAAGCAGCCGAAGGGCUCUAAUCUGUAAAAUAAAUGAAGGGCAUUCAAGACAGGUGGAUGGAAAGCUCUGAACGGAAUUACGACCAGAAACACGGCACAUUUGGAUAGGAAUGCAUCAGAACGAGGAGUUUAUUAUUCAGCGACUUUCGAUACGACGCGACCUGUAAAGGAUAUCUGGUCUGGGUUUCACACGAGAGACCAGAGGAACGCUGGAGGGACAGAAAGUGUAGUACACGGCGACGUAAGGUGAGUUUCUUGGUGGUUGCAUCCAUCUUCAAAAGUAUGCGACACUACACGA